CUUUGGCAACGGAGGACACCUCAUUUCGCACAAAAGCCCACGCAUUCCUCUCAAAUCCGUCUCCGCUCCCCGCCCAAGAAACCCCCACCUUUGCAUGGGCAAGCGCCUCCCGGCCGCCGCCGCUGCAGUCGCCGCCGCUGCGGUCCGCUCCUACGCCCGCAGCCUCCGCUCCCCCUCUUUCGCCGCCUCCACCGCCGGGAAGGCAGCGAAGACGCCGCCCAACCCACUGGAUACGCCCAGGAACUCCGCCGCCGCGGCCGCCGCUGCGGCGGCGGCCAGCUCCGGGCGGGCCGAGGUGCGGGAUUUGGCGGCGGCGUGCGGGCUCCAGGAGGACGAGCGAGUGCCGCUCGCGGAGGUGGUGUCGGACUGCACGAGGCGGUGGUUCCAGGACGCGCUCAAGGAGGCGCGCGCCGGCGACAUCACCAUGCAGGUGCUCGUCGGCCAGAUGUACCGCAGUGGAUACGGCGUCAACAAGAACGAGCACAAGGCAAGGGUUUGGAUGGAGAAAGCAUCAAGGUAUCGAUCUACAGUCUGGAAAGUUAGCAAUAAACGCCCAGGUUACAAUGCUAGUGACUCGGACUCAGAUUCAGGUGAUGCUAAAGAAUCAUACAAAUAAGGAAAUCUUGAGAAUUGUUAAUCCAUUAAUGGAUGGUAUCUCCACCUGCACCUGUGCCUGCACUUUUGGCAUGACUACAAAACCAGCGAAGCAACACAAACUACCACUUGAAGCUUCAGAUAUGCAGUUCUGUCGAGGAAUCUGGUUGUGUCCCUGUUACUUAGCAUGCUCGCUAGAUAUUGAUGUCAGUUUCUUUCUUUUCCUUUUCCCUUUUCAUUCUGUGAGUUACACUGUAUUGUUAUGGUUUAUGGGGUUUCUUUGUUCCGGCCUUUUUUGGUUUGUGUAAAUCUGCUUGCCAUCAGAAAAUUACAAUUAUCGAAAUGGGUUUACACUGAGUAUACAAGGUAUGGGCAGGAUUCUAUUGCAUGCCGUGCCACUAGUACAUGCAUUUUCAUCA